CGUCUCAAGAAAAACAGAAGACAGAACAAAAGGCCCAAAAUUGCAAACAAGUAGUGAACCAAGGAAAAUCUUUUCUUUUCACAAAUUUUUAAUUUUUCGGUACGACAACGACCGCAACUAUUCCAAUCCAAAAACGUGCUCAAUCCAAAGUUCCCCCCGGUUAACUGAGUGGGUACUCUAAUAAAUUAAUUGAUCAUUAAUAAAAAACACAGCAAUUCAAUUAAAAGAAAAACAGAAAACAAGUAGUAUAAAAAUCUACAAUCACUUCAUCUGUUUGUGUGUGAAAAACACUGCAAAACCCCAUUAAAAACAAUGAGAUCAAUUAACUCUAAUUCACUGAUGGCAAUCGAGAGAAAUUCUCGAGAAUCAUAUCUAGAGGCCGUCCGCAUUCUUCUCAUUCUACUGGACAACGUUAUCCGUGAACCAAAUAAUCCCAAGUAUCGUGCAAUACGUCUUGAGAAUCGCACUAUUCGCGAGAAAUUACUCUCAUUGGCUGGGGUUACAGAUUUGUUGCGUGAAAUAGGCUUCAUUCGCACCCAAAGCGAAUACGUUCUGCCCGAAAGCACUGUUCUCGAUAAUAUUAAACAAUAUCGAGAGGUGAUUAAGAGUCGCGUGGAUAAUUUUGUCGAGAAGGCAAUAACAAUUCCAUCGACAAGUAAUAACGAAACGAUGACACGUUCAAAUGAACAAAAUAAAGUUGUUGAUAGUGCUGCACCUUCAACAACAACAAUGUUGGACAAUCGAAGGACAUUUAUAGUCCCAUCGGUGCCAUAUAGGCAAAGGAUAGCAUUUCCAACUGUUGUGCACAUACCAAAUAAAUUCCUCAACUUACUGGAAAACUGCUCUGACUCAGUACUUCAAUUCGAAGAUGAAAAACUCUUGGCAGCUGGACGUGAAAUAAUUCCAAUUGAAGAACUUACACAAAAAGCUUCUGAAAAACUAACUGCCAUUCAAGAAGAUCUAGCUUCUGGAGCAAGCACCGAAAAAGAACCUUGUAUUCGUGACCUGCUCCUAGUGGAACUAGUGAACUGGUUCAAUACGGAAUUAUUCGAAUGGGUCAAUAAUUUGCCAUGCAAAGUGUGUGGCAGUGAAGAGAUGAAACUCCGCCGUACUCAAAUCGAGGACGGUGUUCGAGUUGAAGUUGGAAUUUGUUGUGGUCAGGAGACCAAAUUCUACAGAUACAACGACAUAUCCAAUCUGUUAGCCACACGCAGAGGCAGAUGUGGAGAGUAUGCAACAUGUUUUACAUUCAUAUGCCGAUGUUUGGACUAUGAUGCCAGAUUGGUGUAUUCGUUCUUUGAUCAUGUGUGGACUGAAGUCUAUUCAGAGAGCCAAUUGAGAUGGUUGCAUGUUGAUCCGUCGGAAAAUGUUGUUGAUUCACCUCUAAUGUAUCAGCAUGGUUGGAAGAGGGAAAUUGAUUAUGUUAUUGCUUACUCAAAAGAUGACAUUCAAGAUGUUACUUGGAGGUAUACAAAUAAUCAUCAAGAGGUGAUUAAAUUAAGAAAACGUUGUACAGAAAAGGAUCUUAUCAAUACACUGGUAACAUUGAGACACAAGCGUCAAGCUAAACUACCAGAAGAACGAAAAAAGUAUCUCAGCCAAAGGGAUAUGUUGGAGUUAAUACAAAUGACAGUUCAAAGGCAUCCAACAGAAGCUGAAUUGAAAGGCAGAAGCUCUGGAAGCUUAGCAUGGAGACAGUCAAGAGGCGAAACUACAUUUAAUAAUAUAUUUGUAUUUGAACCAAACGAAACCGAAAUUCGAGAGAAACAACUUAAUGUGAGAUAUUCCUGCGUCACAGAUACUUACGAAAGAUAUAUAAAAGAUAGAUCAAAUGUAUCAGUAAUCGAAACGUACAAAACAUGGCAAAGCGCUCAAUUCUCCUCGAAGAAUAUUUCGAGAAAAGUCGAAAGGGACUGGAAAAUGGUCUAUUUAGCUAGACAAGAGGGUAGCGAUACCGCUGAGCUUGUAUGGAAAUUUGACUUUACCAAAACGAAUUUGAAAAUUAAAGAUUUUACAUUGCAUUUGGAUAAGAAGACUUUCGGCGAUGGUGCUAUCGAUGUAAUAGUUCGAAAUGCCGAAGGCAGCAAAGAAGUGAUCGGUUCUAAAGAUCUUGUGAUAACAGCAUUAUUGUCUGGUGGAAAAGGAGAUGUUGCCUGGCAGCACACUCAACUAUUUCGUCAGAGUUUAAGUUCCAAAGAAUAUCCAUUUGAUUUGAAUGUAGAGUUUUGCUCGUAAAAUUUUUUCUUUUAUAAUUUUGUUUUAAUUUUGAUUUGAUUAAGGCGUGCAUGG